CCGGCGCCUUCGGGAAGAUUGGCGAUGAUGGAGCAUUGCGGUGAAGCGUAACUCGCAGCGCAGGAGGCCCCUUGCAAAGCUCGCCACUCGGCGCACAGCGAUGGCGUUCAAGACUUUGCGUCGGGCCCUGAGCCAGCUGUUGCUGCUGACGAUCGGGACAUGCUUGGGCCUCUGGAUGUGUCUCAAGAUCGGCGUUCAGCUGCUAUUUAAAGGGAAGUCCGUACUGACGCCCAAACAGCGCCCCGAAGAGCCGGCCUGUCUACGCGAUCCGGCUUUGGGAUCCCACGAAUUCGUUACGUUAGAGGAUGUGACGUUGCACUAUGUGUCAGCUGGCAGCCAUGACAGCCCGCUGAUGGUAUUCCUGCACGGUUUCCCAGACACCUGGUACACCUGGGAGAAGCAGAUACGACACUUCCAGAAGGACCACUGGGUGGUCGCUGUGGACAUGCGAGGCUGUGGCCUGUCCAGCAGACCCCAGCUAGUGGACGACUACCUCAUGUCACGCAUGGUGGAUGAUGUCCAGAAACUCAUUUUAUCAUUGGGCCGGAGCAAGGCAAUUCUUGUGGGCCACGACCUGGGUGGCAUGGUGGCCUGGGUGCUGGCCACUAAGCACGAGGACAUGGUCGACCGCCUGGUGGUCAUCAACGGCCCUCACCCGCUGGCCUUCCGCUACCAGCUGGAGAACAGUUUCGCACAGAUGCUCAAGUCAUGGUACAUGGUGACCUUCCAGAGCCCCAAACUUCCCGAAGCGGUGCUCAAGGCAAACGACUUUGAGCUCUUUGACAAAGCUCUGGGGCCAUCAGAGGUGGAUGUCAAGGAAGUUAUGAAGCAUUCCCUCUCACGGCCAGGGGCCCUGACGGCGGCAGUAAACCACUAUCGUGCUCUGUGGCGGAAAGAUGAGCGCCUCCGCGAUCUGCGCUUCCGCUACCUCAACACACCCACGCUCAUCGUGUGGGGUCAGCGGGACCGCUAUCUGACGCUUAAGCUUGCCCAACUCAGCAUCCUGCAAGCUUUUGGGCGCGUCGAGUACCUGGCCGAUGCGGGACAUUGGGUGCACAGGGAGCGAGCCGAACGGGUCAACGACCUCAUCCGGCAGUUCUUCAAGAACACCGAUGCCCUUUGCUAGAACCUGAAUGCUCUCAAACAUUUUCAGUGUGAAUGUGUGGUAGAAGAAGGCGGAGCGGUGCUUUUUCUAGUGAAACGACGGGACUUUCAGAACGUCCUCCUCAGUGGCCAUGACUGACUGAACAGAUGCAAUUCCUCUGGAAGCACUUUUGUAUAUGUCAGUGUGCAAGUGUAGAUGUGCAGCCGCAACUCAGCGAUGGACUCUCUAUCAUUUGAAAUGGUGUCUUUGAUCAAAAGUAUGAUUUGUGGACAGUUUGGACCAUAUAUGUGUGUUUGAUCCGAUGGGUUGCACACAAACUUUGCUGGUGCGGACUCUGAUAUGUGUAAAGGCUUUUGAUGGUUUCGCUUGCUUUUGAGCAGCUGUAACUGGUCUCGCUGCAGAUUUCUUCUUAAGCUUCAUGGGUAUUGCCGCCAUGUUUCUGUGGUAUGCAUGGGAGAGUGUAAACUAGUGCAGCUAUUUUUGGCUGCCUUCCAUCAAUUCAAGGGUUAAUCUUGGAAGAAUCAUGAAUGUUGCUGCAUGCACAAAGUUUUCAGUGAUAAUGUAUCACUCUAGGGAUGUAGGUAAUUUCUUCCACCCUAUCUAAUUGUACAGAAUUGUUGCGUAUAUUUAUGUUUCUUUUUCAAAAUGCACCAGUUCAUAUGUUGUGAAUGGAAAGACACACUAGCACCUGUGGUGUUUGACAAUUUCUAAUCUUAUUUUGGGGUCUUUGUGCCAUUAUGAGACCAAAUAUGUAGAGUGAUAGGCUUGUGUGGGUAACAAUUGAGGUCACUAAUACUGACUUUUCUUUUAUCUCCUUGCUAAUGCACGUAGUAAGGACUGAUGUACUGGGUAAAUAAUACUAGUGCUAAUGAUUUAUUUUUAAUGAUACUAUUGUGGUACAUCUUCAAGAAAGGGUGGGCAUUGGUGCAUGUAGAUGUGAAGAAGAACAAUGUGCAACUAUCGCAACUUUUGAUUGAGGCAGUGCUGCCUUGUUUUUUUUAUUUGACUCUGACAGGGCAUUUUUUUAAGGUAUGCAUUGUGAAAGACAAAAAUAAUGUAAUGGCUAAAGACUCCAUAUGACCAGCCUUUUGAAACAAAUUGUGCAACUUUAAUUGAGCAAGGGCAUUUCGAGUGCAAAAUCAAAUAUUGGUGUGUUUUCACUAGGGGUGUGCGAAUAGUGAAAUUUCAUCUUGAAAUGAAUUCGAAUUGAAUAGUGCCGAAUAGUGGCCAAAAAUAUCGAAUAGUAUAUUUACACAAAACAUGUACUACUGCCAUUUAUUGCAAGACAAAGGAAAAAUCACUGACGCUACGGCGUGGCGACAGCUUUAUUACGCGCUUGUUCCGGACUUUUGCCCCCCAGCUUUUAUAGGCAUGCAAGCAUGUUUAUAGAGGAGCCGCUAUCCCAGUAAGCAGCGCCACUUCUGACCUCCGAACGGCUAACUGAAGGGGGUACGGUAGUUGGGUUUUUCUCCUAUGGUAGCGUAAUACAGCUCAUCUUACAAUGGUAAUGUUGUGCUUCAUUGCAAUGGCUGCUGCGGGCCUAAAAAAUAUUCGGGCGCCCAUUCACAGCAGCGUUUGAAUUGCUCACAAGAAUGAUGGGAGUUUAUGAACGAGCGGGCGGUGCGGCAGUGGCAACUGCACAGCGUGAACAAAUUUUCACAUGUGAAUCCAAUCACCGAGGGUUUUGCGGACCAAAGCCGGGACGUUUUACGGCGCUUGUGGCAUAAGCAACCGAACUACGCAAGAAGUCCGUGGAUUCAUUUCGGGAGCGAUGUUGUGAAGGGCUUGACAGUUAUCUCAUCUGUCCUUUUUUUUUUUACGUGCGCAAAUGACAUAAUCUCCUUUAAGAUAAACACGCACUCGCUUUUGAAUCAGGAUGUCGGUGAAAGUUUUAAUGAAAGGACUACUGCAAUGAUGUUAGCGUUAAUUUUAGCCACCCCACCCUAAUCAAGUUGCACCAUUGGCCUUUGUCGCGUUUCAGGUAUUUGUCCUCUCUAAUUAUUCGAAACUUCGAAUACUAGCUAUUUGAAAGUUGAAUCGAAUUAUUCAAUUAGCUAUUAUUCGACUCGAAUUCAAGACUUGAAUUUUCGCAGACCCCUAGUUCUCACGGCUUGUUAUCUGUUGUUCAUGAUGAAUUCGUAGAGGUGCACUCACAGCAUCAAUGGUGCCAUUUUUGUCGCACAAGGCUGAUCAAACUCAAUAUCAGUGUGUUGUUCUCUGCGCAUUCGCUCAGGGAGAUAGAUGUGGGUCUGCUUAGUCACACUGCUGGCUUUACUCUUCGACAUAAUGAACUAUGGGAUGGAAUAGAGUGUAACAUAUCUCAAAGCGUGUAUAAAAUUUCGCUUGCAGCUCUUCAUUUCAAUGAGUGCACCACUGCUCUAAUGAAUAAGAAAAUGCUGUAUCAAACAUUCUAUCAAUUGUAGCAAAACAAUUUUUUUUUUUUGCGUGUGGUUCGAAGCAACAAAAAGCUAAAACACAGUGAGCUUCCAAUGUUGAAAAUGUCAUUACUAAACAGCAGAUACGCAGGGCUACUUCGGGGAGAAGCAUGGGCUUGUGUGGUUUGAUGUACCCUGUCCCGUAGUUUUAACAGCACAUUUGUUAGUGGCAAUUCUCGUUCAUGUUUUUGACAACGAAUAUCUGAUACAGUGAACAAACUGUUGUUGAACUGCACGUACUGCAUAUUGCUGCUACUCAAGCCACUUUUGGCCCUAUUUUUAAGUUGUCCUAUAAAAACUUUAUUUUAUUAAAUAUGUGCAUUUUAGCCCGACAAAGCACACUUUCUUCUUUGUGUAUGUGCACACGUGUAUGUAGUACUCAUAAAUAUCCUGCAGUUUGUUUUGGAGCAGAAAGCUGUGCUAGCGCUAAAUAGCAAGGCCCUCACAAUAUUGUUGUGCAAAAUCUACUCACCCGUAGCCUUUGUCACAGCUUACUUAAUGUGCUUUAUUUCAUUGUGAUAGCAACUGUAGAGACAUGAGAGGUGAAUUUUUGCCAUUGCCAUGACAUUCUGCAUAAAGCCUAAGUUUAUAAGAUCCCUUGUCCUCUUGUGAUAUGGGUGAGUGUGACAGCGUGGGAAGUACGGUGAGUCAAUGCAAGCAGUGCUCUUGCAUUGGUGCUAUCUUGUGCAACACACAGAAGGUAAUGUUAUCAAGCAUGCAGUGGUGGUCCAACUGCGCCCCAUGCGCCAUUUUGCUACAGUUACACCUCUCCGUGCCUCACUGUGCCCAUUCAAAUGCAUAUUGUGCCAGCUGCGAUAAAGUUCAUGUUUCGCCUUCUUAAGCAGCAGUGGAGCAUUUCUGGCCCAAGUUGUGCUUUGUUUGUCACCAAAUGCACAUAAUUUCCAUAUUGCCACAGAACCCAUUCCCCCUCUUUCCACCGAUGUGCUUCUCCUUGUUAUAAUAGGCCUAACCGAAAUAUGUGCAUGUGAUCUUCAUUAUUUAUGGUUCGGCAUAUUGUCUGUAGUCUAAGGUCUGUCGACCCUUCCCCUCUCGAGAACUACGAGGCAAUGGCGUUUUGACACCUGUCAC